CGACACGUACUUGUUGUCUAGAUAACUAAUCCGGCGAGAUUUUGGCUUCUUUAACGAAAACUAUCAUCAAUCUCCGUCGUCUUCGAGCUUCCGAUCUUCAGCAUCCCAAUAAUCGGCAUCGCUGUGGUGAAGUUGAUUCGAAGUAGCUAUUCAAUGGCUUACGUAGACCACGCGUUCUCGAUAUCGGACGAGGACCUAAUGAUUGGGACUUCGUACACCGUCAGUAAUCGACCGCCGGUGAAGGAGAUCUCACUCGCGGUGGCCCUCCUCUUGUUCGGAAUCGUAGGAAUCGUCUCCGGUUUCUUCAUGGCGUAUCGAGGCCACGGUGUCUUCUUCAUUGUAUUCGGGUGUCUUGUGUUUAUCCCGGGGUUUUACUAUACACGGAUUGCAUAUUACGCUUACAAAGGAUAUAAAGGUUUCUCCUUCUCCAGCAUACCAUCCGCUUAGUCCCUUAUGAAUCUCAGUCUCUUUUCUCUCGUACUCAAUGUAUAGGCUGUUGUUGUUUCUGGUCGUAGGUUUUGUAUUGCUUAAUGACUUCUUAUGUUUAGUGUGUAACUCUUUUGAUUUCUCAUUCUGUAUGUUAGGUCAUUACUCACUAGUUUUGUGUCUAUAUAUACCUCAGCCGUGUUAAAAAAAUAGACAAAACUAGUCACAUGUAAUGAUUGUUGUUUAAAAAACGUUAUCCUUA